CUGCCCAGGCAGUGGCAAAGCGGCUCAACAUUGAACAAGUCCACUCUGCGUUCGUGUACGCGUUUGUGUGCCGUUGGUGUUGCACGGUCCGCGCGUGCGACUCGUCCCAGACAAACAGACUCUCGGCUCUGGGCUCUGUUGGCUCAUUGCGUAUUGCCAGCUCUCAGAGUCCAGCGGUCAACGGGAGUUGUCGGUAGCGGCUCCGGUUAAGCAUAUUUAUUCUCUGCCUAUCAAUCUCCGCCUUAACAACCGUCCCCGUAUUUGUCUCCGCCGACUGAAAUACCCCAGCAAACGUUCGUUCUUUCGCCCCCGCCCUCGUUUCCGGAUCGCGUGCGGGACCGGCUCUCUCGGUCUUCCCUGAAGAUCGGUAUUAGUAUGGAAGCGGUAGGAAACGAGCGCGAGUCUCUGGUGAAGCCUGCCAACGAAGAAAAGUGUGCCGGAAGUGAAUUCGACGACUUGGGCCAUCAGAAGCGAUGAGAAACGGAGCGAAUACGGGGCUUUUUAAAACCGGCUGAUCGGCGCUGUGGCCCAAGGGAGCCCGGAGCCUCGUUUCUGAAAGUGUCCACUGGUGCUGGAUUAAAGCUGAACUUAAAAGUCCCGAGAAGUCCGAGAAAUCGGAAGAGACGUUGCGAGGGGGCGCGAAGCGGCGCAGAGGGAGCAGAGACUCAGGCCUCAGGACAGCGAGGAAAACGCGAAAGGUUUUUUAUCACUCGUGGAAAAUAAUCGGUGGUGUUCGUUCUCGUUCGAGUGUUUUGAAAGUGAUGAAAAUCCGUGGGAAAAAUCGUUGAAAAUCAUUGAAAAGGAAAACAAGAAGCGGAGCUUCCUUUUGCACAUUUCGCGCGGAAGAUAAAUCGAGAGUGAAACGCUACGCGCUUCGUAAAAUCGACGAACUGGAUCGUAUCGGUACAGGAUUAGAGAAGGCUAGCCCGGGGAGCCCGGGAAACGUGAAAUCAGCAGGGACGAAGAGAACAAUCGGGGAAAGGAUCGGAAGCAGGAAGCGGGCGAACGACGAAGUGGACCGCCGGGCGGCAACCCCCGGGGUGGAGGGUGCGAGGUCUCGAAGACCGGAGACAAAAACGAGGACGAGGAAGAAAAGUCGUGAAAUUCUUAUGAUAAAAAAUGAGAGGCUCGAUCUCUCAACGAGCAUAAAAUCCAUCGAAAGUUAUCCGAUAAACGCUCGUUCGUUCUGACAGACGAAUCCAAAUCGGCGAGUUAUGUUCGAGGCUGCGCCGAUGUUGAGAAGACCGCGAAGUUUCUGCGGCCAGGCCUGCGGUAUUUUCAUAUUCGUGGCGACGCUCGUCGACCUGACGAACAUCGCGUUAUCGGCUCGUAUGAGCGGCCUCUACAUCGACAACGGUCACGACCAGACCGUCGUUCACCGAGUCGUUUCCCAACGCGAAAAACGCGAGGUCGAACACGAAAUAUUGAAUCUUCUCGGGCUGCCGGACAGGCCGAGGAGCAUCGCCGGUAAAUCACCUCAGGUACGAAGGUCCGCGCCGAAAUUUCUUCUCGAUAUUUACGAGAAGCAGGCGCUCGGCGAAAACGACGACGCCGAAUCGGCCCUGACCUCCGCCAAUCAUCGCCGCGAUGUCGAAUCCGGCGAGUUCAAUCUCACCGGCCAGGAUCUCAGGGCGAUCGACCAGAGCGACGUCAUUAUGACUUUCGCUGCGCACAAUCAUCAUGUACCAGGAGUGAGACACGAGCGAGGCAAGAGGCUGUGGUUCGACGUAUCCGAAGUGCCACCGGGCGAAAAUAUCAUUGGCGCUGAGCUCAGGCUCUACAGAAGCAUGGAAAUGAAGCACCGAAAAAAUCGAGGAUCUUCGUACACGAUCACUGCUUAUCGGCUCCUUAAAACUGACGAUGGCACUCGAGAAUUGCAGUACGUAGAUUCGACGAAUACGACGGUAGGAAAAGAGGGAUGGAUGACGUUAAACGUCACCGAAGCCCUGCAGCAUUGGGUCAACAACCCGGAAGGCAACAAGGGAUUGUACCUCUCGGUGCAUCCGGCAGAUCGUUCCGUGCACGAAAUGAGACCGGAAGACGUAGGAAUAGUUGGUUUUCGUGGUGACGCCGACAAGCAACCGUUCAUGGUGGGUUUCUUCAAGAGUUCGGGAAUUCGCGAAUCGAAAGCGAGACAAAAGCGCGAAGCGAGAAGACGAAAGAAGAGCGAUUCGUCGAGUCUUGAUUACAGAAACAAUCCUUAUGCGGAUCCGGCGAUACAGUACAACUCGAGAACGUGCAAGAUUCAGACUCUCUACGUCAGCUUCCGUGAUCUUCAGUGGCAGGACUGGAUCAUCGCGCCUGACGGUUACGACGCUUAUUACUGCAGCGGUGAAUGCAAUUUUCCAUUGAACGCUCACAUGAAUGCGACGAAUCAUGCGAUCGUUCAGACACUCGUUCAUCUCGUUAACCCUGGCAAGGUGCCCAAGCCUUGUUGCGCACCAACCAAACUAUCCCCAAUUUCCGUACUCUAUUUCCUCGACGAGAGCAACGUUAUUCUCAAAAAAUACAAAAACAUGGUCGUCAAAAGCUGCGGAUGUCACUAACGCCCGCGAGCGAGCGCUGUCGAACGCCCUUAAUUUCUACUUCUAAGACCACUGUUCGACCAGUUUUUAUCAUCUUCGAUGUUCGUUCGAUUAUUAUUUAUUUUUAAUUACUUCUUUUUUGUAAAAACGACUCCCCAUUUUUUGCUGCUACUUUUCGACUAUAAUUGCACCGGACGAAGGAGGUGAAAAGUGAAACGCCGCGAUGACAGCGAUCGAUAUUUCUUCUCCGUGCGAUUUAACUCUUUCGAAUGAGAAGCGUCGCUAUUAGGCACUAGAAAAUUCGCUGAUCGAACGGAGUCUCAUUUAGUUGGUCAAAAGUGCGGUGGAUUAGAGAAUUUAUUUUCUAAAUUCCAAUUAAUUAAGUUCGUUCAACCGAAUGAGAUUCGGUUCGAUAAACAAAAUUUUUAUCCCAAUUUAUAAAAAUCGAGCGUUUAGUCUCAACUGAAAGUUAUUUCGAGCAAGCAAAUGAAUUUUUGUAAUUUAGUAUUAUCGUAGAAAAUAAGUUUUACUCCGAGCUCGAUGAAUUUUCGUUACCGAUCCACGAGAAAACAGGAAAUCAAUGAAUUUCAAGGUUCGUUGGGUUUUCCGGUUGCUGUCAAACUUCCCAUGGGAAUCCGUUCUCUGGAUUACCAACUUUGUUUACUUUUACCUAGCAUUACUUUUUAUAUCGAGUCAUCGAUCGAAUGGAUUUACGAAAAUUUCGCACUAGAUUACAGUUUCUCCCUAGCGUAAGGUCGGCUCACACUUCGAGCAUUUUUGUAUGACGAAUUUGCAAGGCAAAAUCGAUGAAAAUUCUCAAGUCGUCUCUUCGAUUAUAGUUUUAAGGAGGGUGGCUACACUCGUCAAAAUGAUAAGAAAUUGAUCAAAUUUGGUUAUAAUGUUCUUCAACAUCAAGUCCGAAGACACAAUUUUUUUCAAAAUUUUCUUCUGCUUAGUUAU